AAUUGGAGCUCAACUAAUUUAAAGAAUCCAUCUUCUAUUAAAUUUAAGAUAAGACAAAGAUGAUAUACUUAAUGCUAACAGUAAAAUUAGCCUGUCAAUAAAAGAUUUUUCAUUAAGAUUGUGUACCAAUAAUAAGGUGGCCAUUAAUUUAUAGCCAUGAAAGCUACUGGUUUAUGAGAUAGAGAUAGACAGAAGCUUGUGUUGCUUUCUUCUACACAUGUUCUUGAGAUUACACAGAGAUGGGAAAAACUGGAAAAUGGAUUCGGAGUUUCUUGACAGGCAAGAAAUUGGAAAAGGAAAAAGAAAAAGAAAAGUUUACAAAUAAUAAUUCUCAAGAAAAACCAGUAACUCCAAUUUCACAAACACCGAAAGAAAAACGGAGAUGGAGUUUUCGUAGAUCGUCGGCUUCUGCAACAGCCCCGAAAUCAGACGUGACGAAUUCUGCUGAACAAAUUGUUGUGCAGAAACCUGUAGUUACAGUAGAUUUGGAAAAUGAAGAGAAGGAACAAGAAAUGGCUAUGGAAAUUGAAGAAACGGCUGCAAUCAAGAUUCAGUCUGUUUUUCGUUCAUAUUUGGCAAGAAAAGCGUUAUGUGCAUUGAAAGGAUUGGUGAAGUUGCAGGCUUUGGUAAGAGGUCAUCUAGUGAGAAAACAAGCCACUACAACACUUCGGUGUAUGCAGGCAUUAGUGUCGGUACAAGCCCGAGCUCGUGCGCAGAGAAUCCGAAUGGUUGAAGAUGGAAAUCCAAGAAAAUCAAUACAAGAUUAUAGAUCAAGGCACUCAAUUUAUGAUAUUGAUAGAGAAAUGGAGGAGAAUAUCAAAAUUGUGGAAAUGGAUCUCGGAUUUAAUAACGCGAAGAGCAGAAAUAGCUAUUCAAACAAUCCACAAUCACAACAUAGAAUUUCAACGAAUUCUCGGGCAUUUCCUAAACCCGACAGCAGCCGAGUUUCUCCAGCUCCAUCCGCUCUAACCGAGAUGAGUCCGCGAGCCUGUAGCGGCCAUUUUGAAGACUACUCAUUCAGCACAGCACAGAGUAGUCCACAAUGCUACUCUGCAGCAUCAAAACUCGAACAAUUUUCUUUUCCGAGGCCAGAUUAUGCAGAAUCACUAUCCUACGAUUACCCUUUAUACCCGAGUUACAUGGCGAAUACUGAAUCGUCAAGAGCUAAGGCCCGAUCUCAGAGUGCACCCAAACAAAGGCCCGACACAUUCGAGAGGCAACCGAGUCGAAGGAGGAUAUCUGUAGAAGGAAGGAACGUGCCGAGAGCCGUCAUGAAAAUGCAGAGAUCAUCUUCACAUGUUGGAGCCACAGCUCAGAAUUAUCAAUAUCCAUGGUCAAUUAAACUUGACAGAUCCACAGUUUCGCUCAUAGACAGUGAGUGUGGAUCCACUAGUACAGUUCUUACAAACACCACUUAUUGCAAAACCCUUGCCGGUUUUGAUGUUCAUGGAAAUAGGUACUAGCAGGAUUGAGAUUCUCCAUCGCUGCAAUAUACUGAUCUUCUUUUCCUUUGGAAACGGGUGCGAUUAAACCAACACUAAUGCACCGGAUCUCGUUAGAACUCUAAAAUUAAACGUGAUGCAAGUUUCAUAGAUAUAAAAUUAUUAUUGUACAAAAACUAUUAUGCUUUCAAAAUCUUUCAUUCGUUAUUUCAGUGUUAAAGAAAAAAACUCAGAUUUAACUGUUUUAUUCUGUGUCAAUAGAAAUUCAUUUCAGUAUGA